CUCUCUCUCUCUCUCUCUCCAUUAAUCUUCUCUGCACUUUCUCUCCCUCAGACUCCUCCAUAUAAAUAGAGAGAGAGUACAUCUCAGGCUUUGGCUCUGGAGGUAAAUUUUGGAUGCAUUAGCGACUCGUUUGGAUCCUCUCACCCACUGAUCGGAUCUAAGUGAUCGCGGUGGUGAAAGAUGUUGACCAAGUUCGAGACGAAGAGUAAUAGAGUGAAGGGACUGAGCUUCCACACUAAGAGGCCGUGGAUCCUCGCGAGUCUGCACAGCGGUGUGAUCCAGCUAUGGGACUACCGUAUGGGGACUCUCAUUGAUCGAUUCGAUGAGCACGACGGCCCUGUUCGCGGUGUUCAUUUCCACAAAUCUCAGCCUCUCUUUGUGUCUGGAGGGGACGAUUACAAGAUUAAAGUUUGGAACUACAAGAUGCAUAGAUGUCUUUUUACUCUUCUCGGGCAUCUAGAUUAUAUCCGAACCGUGCAAUUUCACCAUGAGUACCCAUGGAUUGUGAGUGCCAGUGAUGACCAGACUAUUCGUAUAUGGAACUGGCAGUCGCGCACUUGUAUUUCAGUUUUGACAGGCCACAAUCAUUAUGUUAUGUGUGCCUCAUUCCAUCCUAAAGAAGACCUUGUCGUAUCUGCCUCCUUGGAUCAGACUGUCCGUGUUUGGGAUAUUGGUUCUCUGAAAAAGAAGUCUGUGUCCCCUGCGGAUGACAUACUGCGACUAAGUCAGAUGAACACAGAUCUUUUUGGUGGUGUUGAUGCUGUUGUUAAGUAUGUCUUGGAAGGGCAUGACCGAGGUGUCAAUUGGGCUUCAUUCCACCCCAACCUGCCCCUCAUUGUCUCAGGAGCAGACGAUCGCCAAGUUAAAUUGUGGCGGAUGAAUGAUACUAAGGCUUGGGAAGUGGACACGUUGAGAGGUCACAUGAAUAAUGUUUCAUGUGUUAUGUUUCAUGCUAAGCAGGAUAUAAUUGUAUCCAACUCAGAGGACAAAAGUAUCCGUGUCUGGGAUGUGACAAAGCGAACUGGAAUUCAAACUUUCCGACGAGAGCAUGAUCGCUUUUGGAUUCUUUCAUCUCACCCUGAAAUGAAUCUGUUAGCAGCAGGUCAUGACAGUGGGAUGAUCGUCUUUAAGUUAGAGAGGGAAAGACCGGCCUUUGCCGUCAGUGGUGAUUCUCUGUUCUAUGCUAAAGACCGCUUUUUGAAGUUCUACGAGUUUUCAACCCAGAGAGAUACACAAGUUAUUCCAAUUCGACGACCUGGUUCUAUCACUUUAAAUCAAAGUCCAAGGACCCUUUCUUACAGUCCUUCAGAAAAUGCAGUUCUUGUUUGCUCAGACUUGGACGGGGGAUCCUAUGAGUUGUAUUUCAUACCCAGAGACAGCAUUACUAGGGGUGACAGUGCGCAAGAUGCUAAGAGAGGUGUUGGUGGUUCAGCUGUGUUUGUAGCACGGAAUAGGUUUGCUGUGCUUGAGAAAAGCACAAACUCUGUCCUGGUAAAGAAUUUGAGGAAUGAGGUUGUUAAAAAGACUCCCCUUCCUUUUUCCGCUGAUGCAAUAUUCUACGCUGGAACAGGUAAUUUGCUGUGUAGGUCAGAGGACAAAGUGUUUAUAUUUGAUCUCCAGCAGAGGACUGUUCUUGGUGAACUUCAAACCCCCUUCGUCAAGUAUGUUGUUUGGUCUAAUGACAUGGAAAGUAUUGCCUUGCUCAGCAAACAUGCCAUAAUUAUUGCUAGCAAGAGGCUUGUGCACCAGUGCACUCUUCAUGAGACAAUCCGUGUAAAGAGUGGUGGUUGGGAUGACAACGGUGUUUUCAUUUAUUCAACUCUGAAUCACAUUAAAUAUUGUCUACCUAAUGGAGAUAGUGGAAUAAUCAGAACGCUUGAUGUUCCUAUCUACAUUACGAAAGUUUCUGCAAAUACUAUCUUUUGCUUGGAUCGGGAUGGGAAAAAUAAGGCCAUAGUUAUUGAUGCCACAGAAUACAUCUUCAAGUUAUCCCUUUUGAAGAAGAAAUAUGACAAUGUUAUGAGCAUGAUAAGGAACUCACAGCUCUGUGGGCAGGCGAUGAUAGCUUAUCUGCAACAGAAGGGGUUCCCCGAAGUUGCCCUCCAUUUUGUGAAAGAUGAAAGAACUCGAUUCAAUCUGGCAUUAGAGAGUGGGAAUAUUCAAAUUGCGGUUGAAUCUGCCACAGCAAUUGAUGAAAAAGAUUACUGGUAUAGGUUGGGUGUGGAGGCUCUUCGACAGGGCAAUGCAGGUAUUGUAGAGUUUGCCUACCAGAGGACCAAAAAUUUUGAAAGGCUGUCUUUCCUUUAUCUCAUAAAUGGUAAUACGCAGAAACUGUCCAAGAUGCUGAAAAUUGCUGAGGUCAAGAAUGAUGUCAUGGGUCAGUUUCACAAUGCACUGUAUCUGGGGAAUGUUGAGGAGCGCAUUAAGAUAUUGGAGAAUGUUGGUCACUUGCCCCUUGCUUAUAUUACAGCAAAAAUUCAUGGGCUGCAUGAUGUUGCCGAAAGGCUAGCAGCUGAGUUGGGGGAUAAUCUUCCAACUUUGCCCGAGGGUAAAGCACCACCAACUCUUUUGACUCCCCCAACACCAAUCAUGUGUGGUAGUGAUUGGCCACUUCUCAGAGUAAUGAGAGGUAUAUUUGAAGGUGGGUUGGAUAAUAUCGGCAGGGGAGCUGUGGAUGAAGAGGAUGAGGCUGUUGAUGGUGACUGGGGUGAGGAGCUGGACAUGGUUGAUGUUGAUGGGUUACAAAAUGGAGUUGUCCUUCCAGGUUUGGAAGGUGAGGAAGUGCCUGGAGAAGAUGAUGGAGAGGGAGGAUGGGACCUUGAAGAUUUGGAGCUCCCCCCUGAAGCUGACACACCUAGGACUUCUGUUAAUACUCAUUCAUCAGUUUUUGUUGCUCCAACUACUGGCAUGCCUGUAAGCCAGAUUUGGAUCCAGAGAUCAUCUCUUGCCGCUGAGCAUGCCGCUGCAGGCCAUUUUGAUACUGCGAUGCGGUUGCUGAACAGGCAACUUGGGAUUAAAAACUUCACUCCUUUGAGGCAAUUGUUCCUCGAUCUUCAUUCUGGAAGCCACAGCUAUCUACGGGCAUUUUCGUCUGCUCCGGUGAUAUCAUUAGCAGUUGAGCGUGGGUGGAAUGAAACUACCACGCCAAAUGUCAGAAACCCACCAGCACUUGUGUUCAAUUUUUCUCAGUUGGAAGAGAAACUCAAAGCUGGUUACAAGGCUACAACUGCUGGGAAGUUCACUGAAGCUCUCAGGCUCUUUCUUAGCAUUCUUCAUACAAUUCCUUUGAUUGUUGUUGAUUCAAGGAGAGAAGUUGAUGAAGUUAAGGAGUUAAUUGUAAUAGUCAAGGAAUAUGUUCUGGGCUUGCAAAUGGAGCUGAAGAGAAGGGAAAUGAAAGAUAAUCCAGUACGUCAGCAGGAGCUUGCAGCUUAUUUCACACACUGCAAUCUUCAAUUGCCUCACUUAAGGCUUGCUUUGCUUAAUGCAAUGACAGUUUGCUACAAGGCAAAGAACCUUGCCACUGCAGCUAACUUUGCCAGACGGCUAUUGGAGACGAACCCCACCGUUGAGAGUCAGGCAAAGUUACCCAGGCAAGUGCUGCAGGCGGCAGAGAAGAAUAUGACUGAUGCUUCUCAACUGAACUAUGACUUCAGAAAUCCAUUUGUGACUUGUGGGGCAACAUAUGUACCAAUUUACCGAGGACAGAAGGACGUCUCUUGCCCUUACUGUAGCUCACGGUUUGUGCCAAGCCAAGAAGGGAAGCUCUGUACUGUUUGUGAUCUUGCAGUGGUUGGUGCAGAUGCUUCGGGGUUGCUAUGUUCUCCAUCUCAGAUUCGAUAAUCAGGCUGCAGGACUAGGAGGAUUCAUCCUUUUUGCAGCAGUUGCGGUCGUGUCGAUUGAUUUAUAUCUGCCAGUAAAUUG